ACAAGACGAACCAUCGCGACAACGACCCAAGCACCUGAAUUCGUAUUGCCCGUAUCAUAUCGCACCCACCGCCAACACGAUCGCCCAAGAAGUCAUUUUACUUUCCGAAAUCUCACAGUUUUCUCUUUCAGCGCACCGCGACAAUGGGCAAGCGAUCGUUCGAAGAGGCCGAGGGGUCGAACGCCAAUGGCGAGGGGCAGAACCAGAACCAGAACCAGCAAAGAAGCAGAAACCCACACAACAGAUUCAACCCCAAGAACAUUGCGAAGCGCCAGAAGACCACCCAGAAGAUCAACGACGGCAACCUUAGUCAGAUCAAGAAGCGUGUCAGAGCGAUUGAGCGCCUUCUCGAACACAAGAACGAAAAGCUGCCUGCCAAUGUCAGGAACGACCUCGGGCGCGAACUGAAAGCCCACAAGCAGAGGAUUGCCGACGAGAGCGACAAGAGGCUGAGGAGCAAGAUGAUUAGCAAGUAUCAUAUGGUCAGGUUCUUUGAGCGCAAGAAGGCUAUGCGCCUCGCAAAGCAGCUGAAGAAGCAACUUGACGAAACCAAAGACGAAGCCGAGAUCGCCAGGCUAAAAGCCGACCUCCACAUUGCCGAGGUCGACCUCGAUUAUGCCCUCUACCACCCUCACAUGGAGACCUACAUCAGCUUAUACCCCAAGUCCAAGGACGAAGCGACAGAGAAGGACGAGAAGAGGUCAGCCGCACACCACCUUCACUCAUCAAGACCACCAAUGUGGACUACCAUCGAAAAGGCCCGCGAGGAGGGUAAGAGUGCUCUGGAGAAGAUUCGCGACAGACGACCGGAACGCGACUCUUCGAAACCCACUUUCAAGAAGACAGCCAAGAAGUCCUCGUCACAGAAUGAGGAGCGCCCAGCCAAGGGCAAAUACGGCAAGACGGAGGAAAAGGAGGAGGAGAGCGAAAGCGACGAUGGAGGCUUCUUCGAAGAGGACUAG